AUGCACAAUUUGGCAUUCCAGCAAGUCGGAAAUACGAAUAAAGGUGAAUAUGACGCAGACGAAGCUUUAGUAGUCGCGCGUGUUAUCCAACAGUUACGUGAUGGUGUCAACGGUGGUAUCGAUGGGCAAGACGGAGUCUCGUUCAUUCAACAAUACUAUCUGAACAAAGGACUGAAGAUAUUCAAGGAGCGAGGUAAAGAUGCGGCCAUGAAAGAACUUGACCAAUUGAUCAAGCGCAGUUGCUGGACACCAAUCAGUAUUGAGAAACUGAAACCACCUGAAAGAAAGAAGGCAGUGGAUGCAAUGAUGCUACUGGCCGAAAAGAAUGAUGGCGUGACAAUCAAAGGACUUUGCCUAUUCAAAGGUAACGAGACCCGGGAUUGGUUGUCUCGUGAGGACACUGCAAGUCCUACAGCUUUGCAUGAAGCAAUUAUCUGCACGGGUGUGAUUGAUGCCCAUGAAGUAAUCAAAAAUGGACAACGAGUGAUCUAUGUUGUGAUCCUCGGUGCUAUUUAUGGGAUGUUACAGGCUUCGUUACUAUGGUACCAAAAUCUGAGGGCAUCAUUGGAAGAAUACGGAUUCGUGUUUAACGUAUACGAUCCAUGCAUUGCGAAUAUGAUGGUCAACGAGAAGCAAUUGACUAUAAGGUUUCAUGUUGAUGAUGUGCUAGCGAGCCACAUGCAACAUGAAGUUCUUAAAGAUUUCUUUACAUGGAUAAAUGAGAGAUACGGAGGACUAAAGGAAGGGACUUGUACACGUGGACGAGUGACAUUGGAUUAUUCAAAGAAAGGGAAGUUGAAAAUUCGAAUGGACGAUCAUGUCCAAAGAAUGCUUGACAAAUUUUCUGUUAAGUUUAAGGAAGACGACAAACAGGAAACACCUGCUGGUAAUAAUCUGCUGGAGGUAGGAAAAGGGAAGCUUUUGGACAAGGAUCAACAGACUGAGUUUCACAGGUUUGUUGCGAAACAUUUGUUUUCGACCAAACGUGCGCGUCUGGAUAUGCAUCCGACGGUGGCAAUUUUGACGUCACGAGUUCAAAACCCAAAUCAAAGUGAUUGGCAUAGACCCGUAAGACUUAUGAGAUACAUGCACUCAACCAAGAAAGGGCAUCUCACGCUGAGCGCUGACAACCUUCGAGUGAUGAAGUGGUUUGUCGAUGCAUCUUUUGCGGUUCACCCUGACUUCAAGAGUCACACAGGAGGAGUGAUGACCAUGGGUGGUGGAGCUAUGCAGGCUAUGUCAAAGAAACAGAAGCUGAAUAGCCGCAGCAGUACGCAUGCGGAACUAAUCAGAGUAGAUGAUGCGAUCACGCAAGUAUUGUGGACACGCAUGUUCAUGGAAGAACAGGGUUAUCCGAUUGAGAAGAAUAUCUUGUAUCAAGAUAAUUUGAGCUCUAUUCUCCUCAAAAAGAACGGAAGGUCAAGUGCUGGCAAGAGAAGUCGUGCAUUGAACAUCCGUUACUUCUUUGUAACUGAUCAGGUUGUAAAAGGAAAUCCAACGAUCGAACACAUGCCGACAGAUGACAUGUGGGGGGAUUAUAUGACGAAACCUUUACAGGGCGAAAAGUUCCGUAAGUUUCGGGCAUUGAUCCAAGGAGAUCAAGAAGACUAA